UAAGAAUAUGAAUCCUACUGCUUUAUAUAUGCGGUUGUAAAUCUCACUAGGCCCGUUCUCUCCUCUCACUCCGCUUGACUUCGUGUCAUGGCCCCCAGAAUGUCAGAGACCUCGACGGUUCCUACACCCACUUUUACGCCGGCUCUGGAGCCGCCGCCUGGCGUGCAGUCGAAUCCCGAUCAUCCGGCUUCCUUAGCUAGACUCGCCGACAUCACGAUAGGGAUAUGCAUUCCAUUUGUUACUAUAUUCUUCAUUCUACGGUGCUACGCCCGUAUUGCUAUUAAGCGCGUAUGGAUCUUCGAAGAUUUUAUAGUGACGGCCGCGUGGGCAGGCACCAUUGCCUACUGCGGCAUUAUGAGGGCUACCAUGUCUCAUCAUGGUGGUCAGCAUGGUUGGGAUAUCACGCCGGCUCAACUCCACGAAGCCUCGUACUGGUUUAACGUUGCGUCUAUCGAAUACGGCGUCAUGAUCGGAGUCACCAAGCUUGCCGUUCUCUGGUUGUAUCGUCGCGUCUUCUCGCCUAUCCGAUGGAGCAUAUUUGACAUGGCCAUCGUCACGCUUAUCGUUCUUAUUACCGGCUUCUACGGGAUUACCACCUUCGUCAAGAUUUUCGAAUGUACACCCCGGGAGAAGAUUUGGAAUAAGACGCUCCCUGGGAAAUGCGUGCAGACCAAUCUAAUAUUAAACGUCAGCGGUGGCUUUAACACGGUGACUGAUUUCUUGAUUCUAUUGCUCCCUGUCCACGCCGUCCGGCAGCUCCAGAUGGAUAAGCUAAAGCAAACUCUUGUCGUCUUGGCAUUUACAUUUGGUUUAUGCGCUCCCAUUUUCGCGACAAUCGGCUUCGUCGUGCGUCUCAAGAACAGCGGCAACCCCGAUACAUCUUGGAGGCAACCCGAGAUUCUCUUAUGGGGAGCAGCAGAACUUGCCUCCGGCAACCUGUGCGUCUGCUUCCCCGAGCUCGCGUUCCUCUUCCGGAAACGAAACCGCAAGGCCAACACUCCGAAUCGCCCGACUGCCUCUCAAGUCAGGGGCUGGAACGAAUCGAAAGGAUCAUCUCAUCCACCAUCAGACCCAUACUUUACCAAGAGUCUCAUGGGCACGAUGUUUAGCACGAACGGAGAUGGGCCGUACAUCGAGCUGCAAGACCAUGGCAAUGAUGUGAAUGUGACGCCGAUGGGGCAUCUACCCCACAGAGAGAAGCCGGAAGAAGGUGUUGUAAUAAUAAGAAAUGAAUUUACGGUUGAGCGUCAAUAGCGUUCCACUAGUGGUAAGAGCUUCCCCGUAGUACUACAUGUCUGUUACUUAUACCUUUGACAAUAGGGGUUCUCGGGAUCGGAGUUGGCGUAAUCUACACGUAGGGUUUGGUGCUAAGUUAGCAUAUGGGUCUUGGGAAAUGAAGAGGAGGUCUUCAAUUGGACCGGAUGGGAAACUGCGGGAUUGUCUGAUGACGAAUAUCUGUGGCUUUGCGGUGUGCUAUAUCAAGUUCAGGUCGGUGCUUAUAGCUCUGUUCUCACAAUGUAUAUCCUGAUACCAUAACAACUCUCAUUAAGAAUCGACAACACUUGUCAGAAGCGGGAAUUUGGCAUCCUAUCGAGUGAUAUCUUUGGCCCAAGUAUAUUGCUAUGGCCCAAGUAUAUUGCUAGAAUCAACUACAAUAAACCUUUCGAACUCUUAAGUUGGUAUCAAAGCCUCUGGUAUCAUGAUGAUUUGACGGAAUUCACCUUAAACACGGGUGCUACAGAAAUCCGCCAAGAGCUAUUACAUUA